GCCACUAGCUUCUUAGCUGCUCUGCUUGCUGAUACUGAAGAGUCAAGAACUUGUGACUGUGCAAAAUGAAUGAGCAUCCUAAAAAGAGGAAAAGGAAGACGCUGCAUCCUUCUCGAUACUCAGAUUCUUCAGGUGCAAGCAGAUACAUUGACAACAGUGGAAUUUUUUCUGACCACUGCUAUAGCGUCUGUUCGAUGAAACAGCCAGACAUCAAGUUUUCUGAAAACAGAGGUAGAUUCCACAGUCCUGUGCAGAGCCUAGACACGGAUGAUGAUGGGAGUCCUGUGCAUGCUGGGACUUCUCAGUGGAGUGGGUCACAUUCAAACGUUGGGGGGUUGCACUAUGCAGACCCUAAAAGGAGGGAUAAAGGUAAAGAUAAAGGUACUAAUAAUGGAAUGUGCAGAGACUUAUGUGAUUCACCUAUAUUCAGUGACAGCCCUACAGAAGAAGAGAAACCUCUUGAUAUUCAAACCGUAGAAAUUUCUACAACAGAAGUGAACGCUGUAGAAGUUCACGAUAUAGAAACACAAACUGUCUCACCUGAGAAGCUAGAAGCUGAGGACCUAGAGGAAAUCCCUCUGGAAACCUGUAAAAUGUUUGAAAAGAACCAGGCUUUGAACAUCACAGCUCAACAGAAAUGGCCUUUGCUGAGGGCCAACAGCAGCGGCUUAUACAAGUGUGAGCUCUGUGAGUUUAAUAGCAAAUACUUCUCUGAUUUAAAGCAGCACAUGAUCCUGAAGCAUAAGACCUGUACAGACACCCACAUCUGUAAAGUUUGUAAAGAAAGCUUCUCCAGCAAAGUGCAGCUUAUUGAACAUGUAAAGCUGCACGAGGAGGAUCCAUACAUCUGUAAAUACUGUGAUUACAAAACUGUGAUAUUUGAGAAUCUGAGUCAGCACAUUGCAGACACUCACUUCAACGACCACCUGUACUGGUGUGAGCAGUGUGACAUGCAGUUCUCCUCCAGCAGCGAGCUGUACCUGCACUUCCAGGAACACAGCUGUGACGAGCAGUACUUGUGUCAGUUCUGCGAGCACGAAACAAACGACCCAGAAGAUCUGCACAGCCACGUGGUGAAUGAACAUGCCUGCCGACUGAUAGAGCUAAGUGACAGCUAUAACAACAAGGAGAGAGGACAGUACAGCCUCAUAAACAAAAUCAGUUUUGACAAAUGCAAAAACUUCUUUGUGUGCCAAGUGUGUGGCUUUAGGAGCAGGCUGCAUACAAACGUGAACAGGCACGUAGCUAUUGAGCACACCAAAAUAUUCCCUCAUGUUUGUGAUGACUGUGGGAAGGGCUUUUCAGGUAUGUUGGAAUACUGCAAGCAUUUAAGCUCUCAUUUAUCUGAAGGGAUUUAUUUGUGUCAAUACUGUGAAUAUUCAACAGGACAGAUUGAAGACCUUAAAACUCACUUGGAUUUCAGGCAUUCAGCAGAUUUGCCUCAUAAGUGUACUGAUUGUUUAAUGAGGUUUGGAAAUGAAAAAGAUCUUUUAAGUCAUCUUCAGAUACAUGAGACAGCGUGAUUACUUUCUUUCCCAGUAAGCAGUUUGUUAGAAUUGGAAU